UUACACAGCCCAUAGAAGUAUUUCUUUUCAAGGUUAAAAUAUCCGCAGACUACUUCCCUCCCGGUUUCCCUUCAGCACCAACUUAUCUCUCUCUUUGUGGUAAUCCCGAAAGUUUUGGUUAGAAUUUGGGAUAUUUCAUUCGGGUAAUCAAGGUUGCACCCGAUUUUACUCAGUUGGUCACUAGACCUCACGAACAAAUUUUCAGAAUGUUUACCCUAAAAUCCGCCGCUCUCCGUCUUGUACAAUCCAAUCAACUGCAGCAACAGAGAUGGCUGCACAGCAGAAACAAGAAGGCCAUGGAGUUGAUAGCUAAAGGAUGGAGUGCGUUGAAAGAAGUUGACAGAGUUAUCGAUUACUGUGAACUCAAAGAUCGGCGCCUUAUCCCUCUUCUCAAGACGGCAAAGGAGAAUUUUGAGUUGGCUCUGGAGGUGGACAACUCAAAUACGCAUGCCCGGUAUUGGUUAUCAAAAUUGCAUUUGAAGUAUCAUGUUCCUGGGGCAUGUAAAGCCAUAGGAGCUGCAUUACUGGUAGAAGCUGCUAAUAUGGGUGAUCCAGAUGCCCAAUAUGAAUUAGGUUGUCACUUGAGACGAGAGAAUGAUUAUGUCCAAUCAGAUCAACAAGCUUUCUAUUAUAUAGAGAAGGCCGUUGACCAGUUGCAUCCAGGUGCUUUAUACCUUUUGGGUGCAGUAUAUUUGACAGGAGACUGUUUGAAGAAAGAUAUUGCCUCAGCAUUAUGGUGUUUCCAUAGGGCAUCAGAAAAGGGACAUGCUGGUGCUGCUAUAGCAUAUGGAUCUCUCCUUCUAAGAGGAGUGCAAGUUCCAGAAUCCUUGACAAAGUUUGAUUCAAAGAAGAGUUCUGCUGUAAAAAGAGCAAGGAUUAAUGCGCAGAGCCCCUUGAUGAAUCCAGUAGAGAUGGCAAAAGAACAGUUUGAGGUUGCGGCAAGAGCGGGAUGUGAUCUUGGAUUAAAGUGGUUGCAAAGACUUGAGGAGGAAGAGAAGCGAUUACUAGCUGAAGAUGGUUCCCUGGCCUCAUCUUCAUGAUGCUAAGUUCAUAUCAGGAAAUGGAAAAAUAUAUUCAUAAUUCCCCAGUCCAAUGCGGUGAAGGUUUAAUUUAAUUGUUUUGAAUAAUCUACCCCAUGUGAUUUUAAGAGUUUUGAUUAUUAGUAAACUCAUUAUGAAUCACUCCAAAAGCAGGUAAAGAGUCCUUUGAAGUUGGAGAGAUGGUUUAUAUUUCUUUAAAGAGGCAGUAGUUUUGCCAUUGAAUAUGGAAUAGUAUAGACGAGAUGUGAAAGUAGAAUGCAUAAACGAGGGAUGAUAAGGUAUUUUCAUUGCAAUUGCUACAAUUUAGAGAUGUAUUGAUCUUUUAAAUAAUGUUGACAAACCCAUUACGAGUUUCGUGUUCAGCCCAA